AUGGCGUCGGCCUCUCCAGCUCGUCCGACGCGUCGAGCUGCGCGUAGAAAUGUGGUAGUGGAGGAGGACUCGGAAGAUGAGCUGAGUAUGGUGCAAGAAGAACCAGAUCAAGAGUUUGCUCCAGUACCAAAGCGUGCCAGCCCACGAAAGUCAACGCGACGACAGACCUCUGCAGAGGCAGCGCCAUCGCCUAAGAAGUCUACGAGAACACGUCGAACGCGUGCCAGCGAGGGCAUCGAACCUUCCCAGAUAUUUGACGCCGAGGAAACAGUCCCAAGCAUUGAACCACCUUCUCCCACAAAGAAAGUCGCUUCACCGCGAAAAUGGAAGAGCGCGGCGCCCACGCGAAGCAGACGAUCGUCUGCGGUGCCGUCAGUCACGCCCGCACCGCAAGAUGAUGCGUCCGAGAUUGGCAUCCAGCUCGAGGCACCUUCUACACCGCUGGCCGAUAUCACCUCCAAAGCACUAAAUCGGCCUCCUCCCUCCGCUACGAAAGUGAAGCCGGUCCAACAUGUCGAGCCCGAACGAGUGCUGGAAAAGCCUAUGGAUAUCGUUAUUCGCGCCAGAUCACAAGUUUUGCCAGUGGUGGAGGAGCCAACUGGACCGAAGUCACGUAUGGUCAUCCGCCAGCUCGUCAUGACCAACUUCAAGAGUUACGCUGGCCGUCAAACCGUCGGUCCGUUUCACGCUUCGUUCUCUGCUGUCGUGGGCCCCAACGGCUCAGGCAAGUCAAAUGUCAUUGACUCGCUGCUUUUCGUGUUCGGCUUCCGGGCGAGCAAAAUGCGGCAGGGCAAGAUAUCAGCAUUGAUUCAUAGCUCAGCAAACCAUCCAGAUCUCGAUUUCUGUGAGGUCGAAGUUCAUUUUCAAGAGAUCGUUGAUCUUCCCGGAGGCAAGCACGAGACUCCUAUCGAGGAGGCCGGUGUGGAACUUGAGAAUAUGAACGAAGUCUGUAUCGAGAAGCAAGGACGUGUUCAGCAUGUUGAGAAGGAGCGCAACGCUUUGGAGGACAAGAAGAACAAGGCCCUGACCUUCAUCCGGGACGAGAACGAGCUCGUAGAGAAGCAGUCGACUCUCUAUCAGAUCUACAUCGCCGAGUGCGAGGACAAUGCCCAAGUCACAGAGGAGGCAGUCGAGCAGAUGCAGGCUCAAUUGAAUGCUGAACUUGAAAAGCAUGCAGGCGAGGAAGACGGCAUACAUGAGCUUGAGAAAGCCUUCAAGAAAGGCUCGAAGGAGUUCGAGGCCAUGACCAAGGCAACGCAGGAGUUGGCCAAGGACAACGCAAAGCACGACAAGGAAAGCGUGAAGUUUGACGAGAAGCGCAAGUUCAUCGCUGGCAAGCAAAAGAAAGCGGAGAAGACGUUGUCAUCCAGUCGGUUCGCUGCCUCUGAUGCCGCGAAUUCUGUCGAAAAGCACACCGAUGAUAUCGAGCGCAAGUCAAAGGAAGUUGCAGAGCUCGAAGCAAGUAUGCACAAGGAAGAACAAGAGCUUGCAGUCAUCCGUGAGGGCUUGAAAGGCAAGACUCAGGGAUUUUCAGACCAGAUCGCUGCAAAGCAGAAGUCUCUGGAGCCUUGGAACGAGAAGGUCAACCAGAAGCAGUCGCAAGCUGCUGUUCUUCAAUCAGAGCUCGAUAUUUUACUUGAGAAGGGAAAGUCUGGCCAGAAAGCCAUUGAAGAAGCCCAAGCCAAGAUUGAAAGCAUCCAGACUCAGCAGAGUGAGAAGGCUGCAGAAAUCGAGCAGCGUCAAAAGGAGAAAGCCCGCUUGGAGAAGGACAUAAGGAAGCACCAGGACGCGCUCCAAAAGCUGGCAGCCAGUGAGCCCGAGGUCCGAUCGCAGGUGUCGAGUGCUCGCCAGAAGGCUGAAGAAGGUCGUGCCAGUCUUCAGACAAGUCAGAAUCAAGGCAACGUGUUGAAAGGCUUGCUACGCUUGCGAGACACGGGUCGCAUUGAUGGCUUUCACGGUCGCUUGGGUAAUCUUGGAACGAUCGAUCAGCAAUACGAUGUCGCAAUCUCGACCGCCUGUCCAGCUCUCGAGAAUAUGGUCGUCGACACUGUCGAAGCCGGCCAGCAGUGCAUCGAGCAUCUCCGGAAGAACAAUCUCGGACGAGCAAAUUUCAUUCUUCUAGACCGACUUGCCCAAAAGGACUUGUCCCCGAUCAAGACACCCGAGAACGUGCCUCGACUGUUCGAUCUCAUCAAGGCAAAGGACAAGAAGUUUGGGCCUGCCUUCUACAGCAUUAUGCGCGAUACACUCGUUGCCGAGAACCUAGAGCAAGCCAACAGGAUUGCUUACGGCGCCAAGCGCUGGCGCGUUGUCACUCUGGACGGACAAUUGAUCGACGUUUCAGGCACAAUGAGUGGCGGUGGCACGCGGGUCGCUCGGGGCGCAAUGUCUUCCAAACUCAGCUCCGAUACGACGAAAGAGCAGGUCCAGCAGUACGAGGCUGAACGAGAUGCAAUAGAACAGCAGUUCGAUGCCUUCCUGGAACGCCAGCGUGAUCUGGAAAAUAGCCUGAGGGAAAAGCAAGAAGAGCUGCCCAAGGUGGACACGGCUAUACAGAAAUGCAACCUGGACGUCAGCAAUCUUUCACGUAAUUUGGUGGAUGCUGAGAAACGCGUUCAAGACCUCACAGCUGAGCUCAACAACACGUCCGCAGACGACGCCCAGAUUAAGUCUCUUGAGAAGCAAAUCGCCAACACAAGAAAAGAGAUUGAUUCGCUGAAAGCGGAGACCGCCAUGGUUGAAGGUGAAAUCGAAGCUCUGCAGAACAAGAUCAUGGAAGUUGGCGGACUUCGGCUCCGUAGCCAGAAGGCUACUGUCGAUGGUCUGAAAGAGCGCAUCGACCUGCUUAACGAGGACAUCUCUACUGCUGAGGUGGGAAAGACAAAGAACACCAAGCUCCACACGAAGCACGAGAAAGCUCGGGCGGACGCGGAGAAGGAGCUCGAGACUCUGGCUACCGAUCUGGAGAAGCUUGAAGCAGACGUCGCUGCUCAGGCGACAAACACAUCGGAUUCGAAACAGCGGCUUCAAGCUGCGCAGGAUGAGCUGAGUGUCAAGAAAGAUGAAUUGGCUGAAAUCAAGUCGAGUUUGGACAAGCAAACGGCUCAAUUGAAUGAGACUCGAGCAGCGGAAAUCGAGAUGCGCAACAAACUGGAGGAGAACCAGAAGAUACUCGGCGACAAUAGCAAGAAGAAUCGAUACUGGAAAGAGAAGCUCUCGAAGCUGGAGCUGCACGACAUUGCCGACCUGGAGGUGCCCGUAGAAGCACCUGCUGUGCCUGACGAAAACGCUAUGGACGUUGACCAGGCUGAGGAAGGAACUACCAAGGCGGUCGAAGCACUCGGUGCUGAUGCCGACGCUAUGGACGUCGAUGGGGCGCCACCUACUUCGCCUUCUCAACACGAUACCAGCAUACAGCAGUCACGCAGACAACUACCAAUCUACACUCGAGACGAACUUGAGGACAAAUCGAAAGACCACCUGGUCGCAUCAAUUGCUGCCUUGGAGGAGAAAGUCUCCAACGCCUCUGGAAUCGAUCUGGAUAGUGCGAAAAAUCGCCUCACAGAUCUUCGGUCGAUGCGUCUCACACAAUUCAUGACUGGCUUCACCACUAUCUCGCAGCAUCUCAAGAGCAUGUAUCAGCUCAUUACUUUGGGUGGAAACGCCGAGCUGGAGCUGGUCGAUUCUCUCGAUCCGUUCUCGGAAGGCAUCCUAUUCAGUGUCAUGCCGCCCAAGAAGAGCUGGAAGAAUAUUGGCAAUCUCUCUGGAGGGGAAAAGACGCUGUCUUCGCUCGCCCUUGUGUUUGCCCUUCAUGUAUACAGACCGACACCACUGUAUGUCAUGGAUGAGAUUGAUGCCGCUUUGGAUUUCCGCAAUGUCUCAAUUGUCGCCGGUUACAUCAAAGAACGCACCAAGAACGCCCAAUUCAUCGUCAUCUCCCUACGCAACAACAUGUUCGAGCUCGCUGAGCGACUAGUCGGUAUCUAUAAGGUCAACCACAUGACGAAGAGCGUCACGGUGGAGAACAGAGACUACCUGGGCAUGCAGCGCGAGGAGCGCUUACGGGCUGCGAGGGCCGCACAAGCGAGAGCAUUGGCGUUACAACAGCAGACGCAAACGCAGAGACCGGGCACGGCUGGGUCGUUAGGCUCGAGCCAGGUCCCGCAGCAGAAGACGCAGCAGCAGAGCUCGCAAUGA